ACAGUCACAUGGUGCAUCCAGGAAGCAAUGCGUUCAACGUUUCUGUGCAGAGGAGGAUAAACAAACGCUCAGCUGUGUCAAUACAAAACUAAAAGACGGGUGUUAACUGACCUCGCAGUGAAGCAUCGAUCCUGUAACAUCUGCGAAACGGAUGCAAACAAACAGGCCUGUUCGGGAGGCUGAAGGAUUGUUUUUUUGAGUGCCAUCACAUUAACAGAAUUAUUCGUACACAUUGAGCGUUUCUGUGCUUGAUUUUCUGACAGACGGGCAAAAAUGUCUGACUUUGUCAUUUUAUUGCUGAUUCUUUUUUUGGUCAUUUGUCUCAUCUUAACUCUGGUGGGCUUCGUUUUUUACACCGGUCUUUUUUCUGAAGUCGUGAUUCGGACUGGAUCUCCUCCGGUGAAAAACAUCACGAUUGCAUAUAAGUUCAGAAAAGGAUCGUACAAGGACAGCGGAGCUGCUUUUACAGAGAGCUGCAGUAUCGGACCGAAGCUGUCCUCUGUCGGUGUGUUUUACGAUGACCCCAGUCAGACUCAAGCAGAUCAGUGUCGGUAUGUAGUGGGCAGUAUACUGUGUGAAAAUGAAGAAAAACCUGAUGAAGAGCUACAGCGUCUGUAUGAGAAAUUCGGCUACAAAGUCAUCUCCUUCCCAGAAGUCACCUGUGCCGUAACUUCAUCGUUUCCGAACAGAUGCACACUGUCUCCCGUCUGCGGCGCUUAUAGAGUCUACCCUGAACUACAACAGUAUAUAAAGGAAAGGAGUCUAAAUGCGUGCCCAUUCCUGGAGAUAUGCAAAGGAGAUCUGAUCCAUUACAUGUGUCCUCUAGAGAAUCAGAUGGACUUCUGCGUGCCUGAACUUUAUGAGAAGAAAACAUCUGAUGACAUGGAGGAAACAGUGGAGCAUAAAGACGCUGAUGUCACAGAUUCAGGGGCAGGUGAGCUGGAGCAAAAGUCAAGCUCAGUGUUCCAGGAAGUGGUUGAAGAGAGCAGGGAUGUGGUGGAGGCCUCUGCCCCAUUGCUGGAGAGCUCUCAGCCUGGUCUGGGUGAGGAAGAGGGUCACAGCGAGGAUGGGGACCAAGGGGGCAAGGGGUCCAGUGAGUCUGUAGGCAGUGGCUCUUCCUUUGAAGAGCUGGACAUGGAAAUGGAAGAGGAGAAAGAGGAGAAGAAAAACGAAGCAGAGGAGGAAGACCAUAAUGGACAGCAGAAGCCAGCGAUGGUGGGAGAAACAAUCGGGAACAGGGAGGAGUGAGGGAUAAAGCGGAUUAGAGGGAAUGUGGGUGAAUGAUGAGCGCAUAUGUGAGUGUGGGUGCAUGUGUGAGAGGGAGAAAGUUUGUCAGUGUCUUUGAAAUCAUCAAAGGCUGUUUUUUUUCUUUCUAAGUCUUUGAAAUUAACAUCCCUAAAUAUCCGAAAAGUUACUUCUUUGUUAUCAGCAAACAAGCAAUUAUCCCUUUCAGAUCCUUUUAUUAAAGACUUAAUGAAAUGCACAUUAUUCUUUGGCUUUGUAUUUAUUUCUGAGAAAACUAAUUGUAUAUGUUGCUUUCUCUAUUGUCUGUCUUCCCACGGUAAUCAUGAACUGCAUUUAGGCAGCAAGUAAAUCAGGCACAUUCUGAAAAUGAGGUAACACUAUUAACGCAACUAAAUGAAGCUUAGUCAGACAUUUUAUUUCAUUAACAUGUCCUACAGAUGAUGUAUUCAGUAGCGUUUGCUUCAAAACAUGAAUAAUUCAUUCCAAAUGCUGUCUGUUGCUGUAGGAUAGAACUGAAAAAGAGUGAGAAUAAUAAAGUGCAUGUUGUUAUUAGUGAUUGGAGUGUGUUUAAUUUGACCUGGUUAUAUUAUUUUUGUGCCCCCAUGUAUGUAAUUGAUCUGUUUUUUGUUUGUUUCUUUGUUUUUUUGUUGUUGUUUGUAUUUGGAAAAGAGGAAAUCAGUACAAAAAAAAAAAAAAGAUGAAGUAUACAGAAGAUAUUCAAGUAUAUCAGUAUAUAUAUAUAUAUAUAUAUAUAUAUAUAUAGUUUUUUCCUUUCAUUUUCUUAGGAGAGAAACAGGGUUUUUUAACAUAAGGGCUGUUGUCGAUAACACUUUAUUUCGAUAAUCUACUUUAGGCAUUCUACUAACAAUACAGUUAACUUUGCAACUACAUCAAAGUCCCUCAGGCAAGUCAUUUCACUUGGCGGCCAUCUUUGAAAUGUCUCUUGGGCAGCUAUUUCAGUAAUGCAAGUGCAGCUCCUAUCUCUUUGAAUUGGGAAAUUUCUCCAAAGCUGUUCAUUAAGCUUACAAUUAAAUUUCAUAUUUGAAAUCACCUGUCACUUCUGUAUUAGGUUUUGGUUAUGUUAAUGCUUUCAUGUCUUUUAUAUUGAUAUUUCUCACAGUCAUGUUUCAUGUCAUGUGAUUCCCUGUUCCCCUCAUGUGAUCCUCUCAGUGUCAUGUGCUUCCCUGUUCAUGUGUAAUGUUCUGAUUGGCUCCCUUGUUUCAUGUCACAUUCUCAUUGGUUCUCGUUUCAUCAGUUCUGUCUUGUCAUUGGUCUUGAUUAUUCACAGGUGUAUCUUGUUAGUCCUUAUUCUUUGUGUAUAAAUAGCCCUCAUGUUUCCAUGUCUUUGUUUUCAUGGUUUAUGGUCAAGUUUAUGUCAAGUCAUGUCUGGUUCUGUUUAUUUGUAUCUGUUCACAUUUAUUUAAAUAACCUGCAUAUGGGUUAAAUUCUGCUUGCCUUCAGUGGAUAACACGUUACAGAAAGCUAGACCUCACUGUGAACCCAGCGGUUACUCUCCUGCUUUUGCACCAGGGGAAUUGUCCCCUGGAGGAGUAUGUCUGGGACUAUGAUGAACUCUGUGAUGUGGUGGAUAUUAAUGAUAUUGCGUUAAAGGGCAUUUUUCGAAAUGGCUUGAGUGACUUUUUAAACUAUCUGAUGCCCCAAAGUGACAUUCCGGGGACCCUCGCUGACUAUAUUGUCUUUGCCUUGUUGCUGAGUGGUUCCUCAUUUACUGUGGGAAUUGCGGACAAGGAACCCUGCAAUUUGACAGCACUCACCACGCCAGAGCCUCGUCACGUCAUGGCCGUCACGCCAGAACCUCAUCACAUCAUGGCCACCACGCCAGAGCCAAGUCACGUCAUGGCUGCCAUGCCAGAGACAUGUCACGUUAUGGCCGCCACGCCAGAGUCUUGUCAUGUCAUGGCCGGCACGCCAAAGCCUAGCCAUGUCAUGGCCGCAACGCCAGAGUCUCGCCAUGUCUUGGCUGCCACGCCAGAGCCUUGUCAUGUCAUGUCUGCCAUGCCAGAGUCUCAUAACGUCAUGGUCGCUCAAGUCUCACCUGGAGGGGGGGGAUGCUAUAGGGUCACGACAUAUCUCUUUGGUCAUUGGAUAGAAUUCAUGGGCAGAUGAGACUAAACACCAGUGAUAUGGAUCCACAACUGAGGUCAAUGCAAACGGUGAAGUCCGGUGGUUCCAAGUCCAAAUCUGAUGGUCCCAGAAGUCAUGCCAUUAUCCUCAAUGCUUACGGUAGUGGUCAUCAUGUGUGUGUGGGCCACAUACACUUCCUCAGAUUAGGCGACAACCGCUGCUGCUCCUCCUGAGGAGGCAGCAACUACUACAUCUCCUUCCAAGGUGGCGGCAACCUCUACAGCUCCUUUUGAGGCAGUGGAGACUUCUAAAGCUCCUCCAGAGGCAGGGGCAUCCACCUGUGAACUCUUUUCCUGCCAUGUCACAGGCAUGAAGGCCAUUCAUGAACUGUCUAUGCCCCAUAUCACAGCCACGGAGGCCGGUCAAGAACUGUCUAUGUUCUCGCAAUUGCUCCAUGAUCCAGGCCUGCUCCACAUCCAGGUCCACCUGAUUCUCCAUGGUCUCAUCCUCUGCUCCACGUUCCAGGUCCGCCUUUGCCUCAUGGUCCAGGUCCGCCACCAUGCAAUGAUCCAGGCCCACUUCCCCUUCAUGGGCCUGGCCCUCCAACCCUCCCCCUAAAUCGCCUCUGCUUCUCCAUCCUCCUGGACUGUUUUGUUUUGAUUGGGUGUUCCGCCUUCAGUGGAUAACAUGUUACAUCACCAAUGAAAUCUGACAACAACGGUCUCAUAAAUCUUGUUUCUAAACUCUCAAAUCAUGACAAAAAAACCUGCAUUUUUCAGGCUGGACCAGCCAAUGCACAUGCACAGUCCUAAGUAUGCGUCUCGGAACACUGACUGUUCCUGUAGCAACCAGAGCUUCUAAUGACAGCUGCAGUGAUGCAAUGACUUUACCAAUUAGCAAUUGGCUCUUUUACUUAGAAGGCAGGACUUUCCGCCAUAUUGUGCGUUGCACUUUCUCCCAUUCAUAGUAAUACGAGUGUACCAUCUUUGUAUAUCAAAAGUUUUUUAACUACAUGUCAACUACCUCUCAUUAGAGUAUUAGACUGUCUUCUUAACAGCUGCUAACACUUUAUUUUGAUGGUCCCCGAACAGACUUUCUACUGACUAUACUAUGCAAAUACAUGUCUACAUAUUCUACUAACCCUAACCUUCUAACAGUCAACUAAUACUCUGAGAGUUAGUUGACAUGCAGCUGCAAAUUAAUGAGAGUUAGUUGAUAUGUAGGUACAAAGUUACUUAUAGUUAGUAGAACAUGUAUAAUGUAUAAUAUGUAUAAGUGGAUUAUCGAAAUAAAGUCUAACCCUGUUGUUUGUU